AAAAUCUCUCCCCUUGUCUUUCCUAUCAGGAGUCAUGCCCCUAUAAGCCCUCAAGUUGUGCCCACCACAGAAUGGCAGAAAAUCUACAACUCAAUUCCACCUUCCUAUGCCCAACCUUCUUCAUACUGACUGGCUUUCCAGGGCUAGGAAGUACCCAGACUUGGCUGACACUGGUCUUUGGGCCCAUUUAUCUGCUGGCCCUGCUGGGCAAUGGAGCACUGUUGGCAGUGAUAUGGAUAGACUCCACAGUGCAGCAGCCCAUGUUUCUACUCCUGGCCGUGUUGGCAGCCACAGAUCUGGGCUUAGCCACAUCUAUAGCUCCAGGGUUGUUGGCUGUACUGUGGCUUGGGCCCCAAUCUGUGCCAUAUGCUAUGUGCCUGGUCCAGAUGUUCUUUGUACAUGCACUGACUGCCAUGGAAUCCGGUGUGCUUUUGGCCAUGGCCUGUGAUCGUGCUGUGGCAAUAGGGUGUCCACUGCACUACUCUGUCCUGGUCACCAAAGCCCGUGUGGGUUUUGCAGCCCUGGCACUGGCACUGAAAGCUGUGGCUAUUGUUGUGCCUUUCCCACUGCUGGUGGCAAAGUUUGAGCACUUCCAAGCCAAGACCAUAGGCCAUACCUAUUGUGCACACAUGGCGGUGGUAGAGCUGGUGGUGGGUAACACACAGGCCAACAACUUAUAUGGUCUGGCACUUUCACUGGCCAUCUCAGGUAUGGAUAUUCUGGGUAUCACUGGCUCCUAUGGACUCAUUGCCCAUGCUGUGCUGCAGCUGCCUACCCGGGAGGCCUGUGCCAAGGCCUUUGGUACAUGCACUUCUCACAUUUGUGUCAUUCUGGCCUUCUAUAUACCUGGUCUCUUCUCCUACCUCACACACCACUUUGGUCAUCACACUGUCCCAAAGCCUGUGCACAUCCUUCUUUCCAACAUCUACUUGCUGCUGCCACCUGCCCUCAACCCCCUCAUCUACGGGGCCCGCACCAAGCAGAUCAGGGACCGACUCCUGGAAACCUUCAGAUUCAGAAAAAGCCUGUUGUGAUGACCAGUGCUAACAAUGGAGCCUGAGAGUGAAGGAGGGGAGACACUUGGAGGGGAUUCUGGAGU